AUUGCCGCUGGUGGCAGGAGGCUGCGAGGAGCCGGCGCGGUCGCAGUCUCCACGGCGCAGGCCCACGGUAGCGCAGCCGCUCUGAGUGCUCUACAUCAUCCCAUCCCAUUGCCAUCGACUUGAUUCCGAAUCGUAUUUUCAAUAAACGGAUGUAACGUUUGGUAGUCAUGGAAAGAUUUUGGUGACUGUUUCGAACAGAUCUUCAUGGAGGAACACGCAGUGACCCAGACUGAACACAUGGCUACCAUAGAAGCCCAUGCAGUGGCCCAACAAGUACAGCAGGUCCAUGUGGCCACCUAUACUGAACACAGUAUGCUGAGUGCUGAUGAGGACUCGCCUUCUUCUCCCGAGGACACCUCUUAUGAUGAUUCAGACAUACUCAACUCCACAGCAGCUGAUGAGGUAACAGCCCAUCUGGCCGCUGCAGGUCCUGUGGGAAUGGCUGCUGCUGCUGCUGUGGCAACAGGAAAGAAAAGGAAACGGCCUCACGUGUUUGAGUCUAAUCCAUCUAUCCGGAAGAGACAGCAAACACGCUUGCUUCGGAAACUCCGAGCCACGUUAGAUGAAUAUACUACUCGAGUGGGACAGCAAGCUAUUGUCCUCUGUAUCUCACCCUCCAAACCGAACCCUGUCUUUAAAGUGUUUGGUGCAGCACCUUUGGAGAAUGUGGUGCGUAAGUACAAGAGCAUGAUCCUGGAGGACCUGGAGUCAGCCCUGGCAGAACACGCCCCCGCACCACAAGAGGUUAACUCUGAGCUGCCGCCUCUCACCAUCGACGGAAUUCCAGUCUCUGUGGACAAAAUGACCCAGGCCCAGCUUCGGGCAUUUAUCCCAGAGAUGCUCAAGUACUCCACAGGUCGGGGAAAGCCAGGCUGGGGGAAAGAAAGCUGCAAGCCUGUCUGGUGGCCUGAAGAUAUCCCAUGGGCAAAUGUCCGGAGUGACGUCCGCACAGAAGAGCAAAAGCAGAGGGUUUCAUGGACCCAGGCACUACGGACCAUAGUUAAAAACUGUUAUAAGCAACACGGGCGGGAGGACCUUUUGUAUGCUUUUGAAGAUCAGCAAACACAAACACAGGCCACAACCACACAUAGUAUAGCCCAUCUUGUACCGUCACAGACCGUCGUCCAGACCUUUAGUAACCCUGAUGGCACUGUCUCACUUAUCCAGGUUGGCACAGGGGCAACAGUAGCCACACUGGCUGAUGCUUCAGAAUUGCCAACCACAGUCACUGUUGCCCAAGUGAAUUAUUCUGCUGUGACUGAUGGCGAGGUGGAACAGAAUUGGGCCACGUUACAGGGAGGCGAGAUGACCAUCCAGACAACACAAGCGUCAGAGGCCACUCAGGCAGUGGCAUCAUUGGCAGAGGCCGCGGUGGCAGCUUCUCAGGAGAUGCAGCAGGGAGCUACGGUCACCAUGGCGCUCAACAGCGAAGCUGCCGCCCAUGCCGUCGCCACCCUGGCUGAGGCCACCUUACAAGGAGGGGGACAGAUCGUCCUGUCUGGGGAAACCGCAGCAGCCGUCGGAGCACUUACUGGAGUCCAAGAUGCUAAUGGACUGGUCCAGAUCCCUGUGAGCAUGUACCAGACCGUGGUGACCAGCCUCGCCCAGGGCAAUGGGCCCGUGCAAGUGGCCAUGGCCCCUGUGACCACCAGGAUAUCGGACAGCGCAGUCACCAUGGAUGGCCAGGCCGUGGAGGUGGUGACAUUGGAACAGUGACAUGUAACCACAUCAUGGCAUCGUUUUCUAGUCUACUUCACAAUUUUUUACACGUCUGCAGAGGUGCAAUCAAAUGGAAUUAAGUCUCUCGACUUUGGAAGAAAAGUUUUGUUAACCCUUUUUUUAAAAAGGAAGAAAGACAGCGGAUUUUGGGAUUGCAUUUUUUUAAGCACCACUCUUAAUUUUCUGGGAUCGGUGGAGUAAGAUACUGUGUACUCCGUUUCACUGUCCCGAAAAAGCCAAAUUGUGGCAGGACUUCUUUCUGCGGAAACGUGUGUGUAUACUUAUGUGUGUGUAUGUGUGAGUGUGAAUAUAUGUAUAUGUGUACAUAUGGACAUACACAUUUACAUAUAUAUAUAUGUAUAUAUAUAUGAAACCCGCAUGGAAUUAUCUGUAUGAAAUGAAGGUGAGCUGUGGGAAGAAGAAUUCACCCAGUUUAGUGGGUGGUAGGUACGAGGCCAGACACAGCCACCUGGUUCUUGUUCAUACCAGGGUCAUGCGAUGAGCUACUGACAACCUCAGGCGGGGGCGACCAUGCCCUUCACCAAAGCUGCCUCCCAGUGGCUGCCCAGAACUCUCCCUGUUGGGCUCACCUGAGGACUGAGGUUCCAGAACCGGAUGGGGUCCAGAAAAUGCACGUGCAGGGUCCAGAGGCCACGUGGUCUGGCAGCCCAGACGCUCCUCGGGCUGGCCCAGGUGCUGACCUUGUCCUUGAAGCCCCCAGGCAGGGACAAGAGGUUUUUUCUCAGCCUCCCAUCUUUUCCUGUUCCCAGGAAACCUUCUAGGUCUCAUGACUAUUAAAAUGUUGCUCUGGUUUUGAGGUCAGUCCUGAAUUGGUUGUGCAUAUGAACUGAAGGUGACAGAAGUAUUAAGGGUUUGAGUAGUGUGUGAGUGUGUGUUUGUGGGUGCGUGUGGGGGUGAGAGAGUUGGGAGGGGCCGGAAGGUGGGAGACAGAAGUCUUCAUAGACCAGUAUACACCAGUGGAGCAGUUUUGUCCUUUCCUGUAACUUUCUGUAGCGGAACAAAGGCGGCUCUGGAGCCGCAGAUAUCCCUGGCACCAGAUAUCCCUGGCACGCAUCAGGCAGCGUCUUGAGGGUGUUGUAUUGGAAGAGACCAAGACUGAGGGUGUCCUUCCAGCCCCCCGGGUCAGGUCCUGCUUCAGAAGGGACUGCAGAUUUGUAGACGUGUUUCUGGGUGCAUCCUGGGGGGCCCCAGCCCUGCCAGCUUUCCUUCUCACAGGUGCUGGUUAGUCCGGGCGUGCUUUUUCAGUUCAGUUCUGCUAUUUCUCCCCCGCAAGCCCUGAGCCCCAGUGGCCGGCUUCACCCACCUUCUGUACAGGCCACAUCUCUGCUCCUUCCCCUUCCGGGUCUCCUGCGUGUGUGAUAGUGUAUUUAAUGUGUUUUUGUAAUGCGACAUUAAAAGAUUCUUCAUGUCUUGCUCAGCCUUUGAGAAAGUUUCAGAUUCUUGUAUUUGCUUGUUUUAUAUAAAACUAUCCAAUGUUCUUUGUAUUUUUUUUCUGUACAUAAUGGUGGGGAGGGAAGGGAAAUUUACAUAUAAACAUCCUAGGUCUACAAUUUGUUAUUUUUUUAAUUAUUUUUUAUCAUUGUGAAGCUACCCAAGGGCUUUAAAGUCCACGUUCCUUUGUGGUGAAAUAGCCUACAACUAAUGUGGGAAGUUGCCAAGAAGAAGAAAGCGAAACCCCAGUAGCAGAGCAUGGAUUCUGU